AUGGUCAUCAUCUUCAACGCGUGCAGGCUGGAGGCAUGUCUAUGUUUGAUGGUCAUGGAGGUUACAGGAACGACCCAAUUGGACCGUUCAUAUUCCGAAUCACGUCGAACCUACCAUACCGCCCCUGCGUAUGAUCAUCUGGUAACCACCUAUGGAGGGUCGAACUACUAUCAACAACCACAUAACUACCGCGAUAGGAUCCAGGCUGGUAUCUAUGAGGCCACAGUCCGGAAGCCCGUGGCUUACUCGCAUCAGCGAGCGGCUGAGGAGAAUAUUCCUAAGAGAAGUAACGAGGUCUCACCCAGCCUUCAAAAGAAGUAUGACUCGUCGUCUCAAGAACCUGAUGGUGAAGUAGAUCCACCACCGAUUAAGGAUGCUGGGCAAGGCGAGGACGCUUGUAUUAGCUCACAGCCUGAACUAAAUGCUUCGACUCGUGAGCCCAACUUCCCUCUUGGAUGGUCUAUAGCAAGUAGAUUUAUUCCAUCUGGUGCUGUGAAACGGGAGUACGAUAUGUCGUUGAGCAGGCCAGGGUCGCCAUCGUAUAAGGUACGUCAUGAGGCCAUUAAGUUUUUCCAAGUAUUGAUGUCACCUGAGACACCUCACUUCCAAUCAGUCGGUGAGGGAUGGGCUCUCAAUGGUUUCAUGUAUCGUCUUACUAGGGACGAUGAUGUCGGAGUGGUGCUUAGACAAGUGGAGGACCCUUCUAAGGAUGGGGAUACUGCUAGGAUACUCCUUAGCGUCAUCACGAGAGAUUCUAGAGUGGGGAGAGGGAACACGCCGAAGAUGACUGCUGCCAUAGAUGCAUGGGAUUUUGCUCUCAGACAGCUCGUCAGUGGAGCUACUGCCCAGACAGUAGGUACGAUCGGAACGUAA